GAAGGUUCCGUAAGCGGCCGACAGAUAGGCAGAGCAGGGCUCCUGUCGUGUGCAAGUUGUUGUGUCUUUGCAAUGACCACGUGUUGGCCGGAAAUCUUCCAAAACCACCACACUCUACUUGACUGGAGAGUUUCCGUAGUUCUUUUUAUAGCUAUCCACCGGGGGAUUUCUUGUUCAUUCUGUUCCCUGCACCGAAGUGACUUCUCGAACUGGUGCGAGCAAAACUGCAAAUGGAGCCGUUUUCCGACCAGUUCCUGGAGUUCCACCCGAUCCACGGGACAAACGUUAGAUUGGAUUACUCAGGGACUCAGGCCACUCGGGUGGAGAGCUUUGCCAAUGGAGUUUGUUUCAGCAAACAGCCCCUGAAGCCUGGAGAGAUUUUUCUCAUCGAGAUUGAGGAUAAAGAGCUGGGCUGGUGUGGCCACCUCCGGGUCGGACUGACAUCCCAGGACCCUAGGAGCUUAGAGGUGGUGCCGGAAUAUUCUAUCCCAGACUUGACAGACUUGGGGAACAGCUGGGUGUUUGCCAUCACUCGCAACCAUAACAAGAUCAUAGAGGAUGCUGAGGUCUUAGAGGCCGGGGAGGAAGGACUGGAUGGGGGGCAGAGGCUUGGAAGAGGAGAGGCAGAAGACGGACAUCAGGAAGAAGCUGCCCCAAAGGUGAAAACAAAGACUUUCUUUACUGACACUCACUUGUACAUUGACAGUGUUCGAAUCCCCAGAGACAAGCUGGUCGGCCGGAGUCGACCCGGACGCUUCAGCCACAUUUUGGAUGACUUGUACAAGACCAACGCUCUGCCUCCCACAGCCAGACGCAGCAGGAUAGGAGUUCUGUAUGUGCCUAAAGGCCAAGACCUGGCUGAUAUGCACAUUGUCAUCAAUGGUGAGGACAUGGGAGCUUCUGCAAAGGGAAUCCCCACCAUCGAGCCUCUCUACGCUGUGGUGGACGUAUUUGCUGCUACCAAGUGUGUCCGAAUUGUCCAGGUGGAGUACGGAUUCUCGUCCUUGCAGACAUUGUGUAGAAAGACUAUACAGAAGCACAUCGUCCACAGGAUGGCCCUGGACUGGCUGGAGCUGCCAGAGGCUCUCAAGCACUACUGCAAAUAUGAAUAAAGGAUGUAGGCCUACAGUGGAAAGAAACAUCAUCUCUGAAUUCUCUCACAGUUUGUACCAAGGAAAUAUAUUCAUUUUUAUGAUGUGUUUCAUUUAUAAAACAAAGCAGAGUGUGUUAUGCUCUUGAUACCUAUUAAAGCUGACAUCAUGUGUUUGAAAUGGCAACGGCAAACGAAAAUAAAUUCAGUGAUUGUUAGGUGAUUGAUUUUAAUAGUACCACCCUAGUGACUCAUGUCUUGUCUAUGUCUGUUUCAUUUAAUUAGCGGAUAAUUAGAGUUGUAAGAACAGGCAUCACAUCAGAUCACACCUCAGUGUCAACGCUUACAUGCAGCUGCGAGAGCAAUCUGCAAAUCCGGUGACACUGAUUGGUGUGAUAGAGCUUAGACAAGCACAUUAAUGUUUUAUGUCUGCUGAGACCCUUGAAUUUGUUGAAACAAUUCCUUGGUUUGGAUUUUUACUCCAUAGUCUCUACAUGCUGUGCCAUAACCAUUGGACAGAAUGUAAUAUGGGCAGGUUACUGAAAUAGACUAAAGAAAACUUUCCUGAUUUUCUGAGUUAUUUUUACAUAUCUAAUUUAAAAAAUAUUCAAAAAUGAAGCUUUGCACAAAACAGAUUCUUUUGAAAACAAAAAUAAACUGAACUCCUCUGCACAACCGACAAGCCAUGAUGGAUUAAUUUAACACCAACAGCCACAUGACUAAAAUUCAGAAAGUUUUACGGUGAACUGCAGGCUGUGUUUGUAGAGAGCCAAGAGGAGACAAGUAUGUAAACAAAUCUGAAAUGUAAUAGUUAAAAUCUACAGUAUGCAGAACCAUCAUUUUUGUCCAAUGUUGGUGACACCUCUGGAGAUUUGGGUGUGGAUUCCAUUUUUGUUCCCAAUUCCUGUAAAAUAAAAUCAUGCAAGAAAUGUUAUUUUUUUUAUUUUUAAGCAUUGUAACCAUGCUAUACUGCAUGAAGGCA